AUGAGCGUCAACAUCGCUGAGGACACCACGAGCCUGAACUGCGGCCUCAGCGCCCUCACGCGCGCGGCGAUUGGCUCGGAGGAUCCAUGGCAGAGGGCCAUGGAGCUGCUGUCGAAGGCGCGGGAUGGAAUCGGCCUGCAGCCGGACGUGGUGUCGCUGAGGAACGCGGUCCUCGCCUGCCGCGAUUUGGACUGGCGCUGGGCUUUGCACUGGCUGGAGGCGGCUCGGGCAUGGACCCAGCCCGACGCAAUUAGCUAUUCCUCGGCCAUCAGUGCUGCUGAGCAGGCGGCACGCUGGGAAGUGGCCCUGGCGCUCAUGCGGGAUGCGCCUGUGCAACCUGACCUCAUCAUGCUCAACGCUGUCAUCUCCGCGUGUGAGAAGGGCCAGCAGUGGGAAAGAGCUCUUGAGGUUUUUGACGAGGCGGGCACCCUGAAGCUGAACCCGGAUAUUGUCACCUUUGGCGCUGUGGCCUGCGCCUGCGAAAGGGGCGCCGCCUGGCGGCGCGCCACCGAACUGCUGGCGCGGCUGCCGGACCUUGGCCUGCGGGCGGAUACGGUGAUGUGCAAUGCCGUUAUCAGCGCGCUGCAGAAGGGCACUUGCUGGCAGCAGGCGCUGGACCUGCUGGGCACCAUGAAGCUCCAGGGCCCCGCGCCGGAUGCGGUGUCCUUCACAGCCGCCAUGUCCGCCUGCGAGAAGGCAAGCGGCUGGCAGUUGACGCUGCAGCUGCUGGAUGAGUUGCUCCGUUUGAAGCAGGCUGCGCGGGCGCAGAUGGCCUUCAACGUGUGCAUCAGCGCCUGUGAGCGGAGCCGACGGGUGGAGCCGGCCAUGAGGCUCCUGGCAGAAAUGGAGCGGCAAGACCUUGAGCCAGACCAGAUCAGCUUCAACUCGGCGCUCCGCGCCUGCGAGCGGUGCCUCGCUUGGCAGCGGGCCCUCGCGCUGGCGAUCGAAUUCGGCGGCGGGAUGGACGCGGCGGGGCUGGCGGCCGUGGCCAACGCCUGCCAGGGCAUCCAUGGGCAGCUGCCGCCGCUGCUGCAGCGAACCGAGAGGGCGGCGCUGUGGUGGGCUGAGGAGGCUGGGAAAUUUUCGCUGAAUGGGUCUGCCAUGGCAGGUGAUCUCCUCCUCUUGUUCACAGAUGGCCUCACAGACAACCUGCACUGGCACGAGGUGGUGCGGGCAGUGGACGAGGUCGUGGAACGCCUGCCAGGCGUUCUGGCCAAGAUCUGA